AUGGCUCAUCAUUCAAUGCUGGAUGAUGAACCCGAGAUCCACCCCAAUCCUCAAAAUCUUGCUACAGCUAUCAUCGGAAUUGGGCGAACUGCCCGCAAGCCAUACACCUCGUUCACACCCUCCCCUUCACGCGAAGGGCAACAUUCUAGCUACUCCAUGUGUCGUACAUUUGGCGACUCUCAGUUUAACACGACCGAGUAUCUGUUCUCGCCUCUUACCACAUCGUCAUCCACGCCGUCUGGUUCUCCAUCUAUUCCAAUACCCAUGUCUCCGUCCAUCCCUACAACACAUACUGACCUGGCUACUGUCACUUCAACAAUGCCAAUUACAGGCUCUCCAGUGUCUACUAUACCUGUCUAUCUGACCACCUCAGAUACCCAACACGGCGAUGUUCCCAUGGGCGACGAGCAUUCAUCCCAGCUGUUAAAUAAGCAAUUCGCUGAAUUAUCCGACAAAAUAGUCGGUCCUGCUCUUAGCAAAGCCGUUGACGGUAUGAUCCCGGCGAUGGUUGAACGGAUAGCGGGCGAGAUUAGAGGUCUCUCCUCUCCGUGCUCUCACCACCCUCGCGUCUUGAAACGCGGGUCUGUUGAAGAUUAUGAUACCGAGCCUGAACAUGAGGACGAUCUUACCCCUUCCCCUCACAGGAAGCAUCCAGGAAAGCGUGGUACUAAAAACCAUUUACAUGACUCGUUUCGUAAAUAUCUUCGGGAUAAACACCUUCUGAAGUCCAAGUCCAAGAAAGGUCCCUUGCCGCAAUCAUUUCCGUCGCAUGUGGUCGAAGCAUAUAAUCAUGAUAAUGAUAACCCGCCAACUUUGGACAAAAUUGCUAUCGAUUGGCAGGACUCUUUGAGGUCCUCUGUGUGGAACGCUGAAGCGGUCGAUUUACUAGUAGUAGACUUUCAAGAAAAAGUCAAGACAGGCAGUUUCCCAUUGGUAAUUUUCGACGAUGACACAAUGAACCUCGAUAAGUUACGCGUGCUUUGCAUCGACAAGCUCCGUAGCACUCAACAAGCUUGUCGAGAGCACAUGAAGAUUGAAGGAUUUGAAGACAGUCAACAGAGGGAGGUCGCUACCCGUGACUUGUCUUAUCGUAACAGUCGAAGGCAACACCUAGAUAGGUAUAAUACCCAUAAACAUGGGACGCUCGAAAGACAUAGGAAAGUCGUUGACCAAAAUCGCCACCGUAAUCCUCAAUCUUGGGACACGAUCAGGCGUAUAAUUGAUCGGCUUGAUGUUGAUGGAAUGAGCGGGGAUGAAACUGACACUCCUCUUGGUGCGACACCAAAGAUCGUGAGGCGUGUGGCUCUCCCAUGGAUCAGUCUGGCCAUCACUGAUCUCCUUCACGCUAUUGAGUCCUACGUUCCCGCAGUGUAUGAGGAGAACAUGUCAGUCCCGGUUGGUAACUCAUCGCUUCUUCGUCUCAUGGAGGCCAAAUGCGCCUCAAAAAACUCUAUUGCAAUUGCACGUCUCCCGCGCAAUUGGUAUGAUGACAAUUGGUUCAAAGCCCAUUCAAGCAGUGCGCGGGCAAUGCUUGAUGUGCACAAAGACUUUGAUCUCCAGCUCUUGGAUGCCUAUCAUUCUGCGAAUGAUAUUCGUCGGUUAAUUUGCAUCGCAGAGAUUCUAAAUUAUUACUACGUAAAUCUCGAUCGCAGUCCCAACAAGGAACAAGCACAUAAUACCGAGUCUACAGAUCGUUGUGGAUAA